UUUAUACAGGGAUAUAGAAGCUAAAAGCAUAGAGAAAGAAGAUCCUUCAAGGUUUAAUAUACAAGUUAUUAAAUUAUUGAAUGAGUACAAGAUGGAUAAAAAACUAAAUAAUACUAUGGAUCUAUCGGAAAAGGAAUUAUAUGAGUUACAGAAGAGGAUUGAAGAUAUAACUAUUAAUUUCGAUGAAUAUAGUAUAUUUAAUGAGACUCCAAACUUAAUAAAACUAUUAGUAGGAAAGGAUCUUAUAAGCGCUAAAUCUUAUUUAUAUAAAUACCUACCUAAAGAUAUUUAUAAUAGUACUAUAGAUCAGUUUGGUCAAUAUACGCUGGAGGCUAUCAUUAUAUAUGUCCUAGGGUUGUUGUACAACAGUAUUCAAGAGUCCUCGGUUGUGAGGGUAUCUACAUUGGUGGACCGGCUAGAUAGCACUGUUCGAACACAGGCUAAUAUAAUCAAUAAUAAAAACAUGGUUAGUAGUACAGCAACAAGUAGUCGAGUUGAUAGUAGUAAGGAAGGUUAUAUCAAGCAUAAAAAAAGUACAAAAUAUGAAAUAGGUAAAAGAUUGCUCGAGUUCAUGAUUGAUAGAAAGUUGCUCCAUAUUGAGACCUUUGCAGCUGAUGAUAAGAAAGCAGUAGUGAAAAAGAAAGGAAAGGGUUAUUUAGAAUCCAAUUUAUUCGCUGUAUGUAAUUUUGACUUAAGUCUUAUCCCGUUGAAACUCAAUCUUCCAAUGGUUUGCAAGCCAUUAAAUUGGGAACACAUAUCGGAAAAACAAUUCCUUUUUGACUUUGAGAUAAGGAAGCCUUUUGUGUUAUCGGAUAUGAUAGGCGGUUACUUAAGCUGUCCUACCUUAGAUAUAUAUAAUAGUUUUCGUCUUAAUUCUUCCUUAAAUAAUAGGUUUAGUCUUAUAUCAUCCCGUAACCUAAGCAAUUUCAAUAUUGAAUUAGAAGAUGAUAGGUAUAAGGAAAUGUGCAACAUAUUGAAUGGGCUUCAGAAACAAGGAUUUAAGAUAAAUAAUAAAAUAUUGGAGUUCAUUAAGAAUAAUCGUGCUACUUUAGAAAAAGUAGGUCUUCUUAUGCCUGGAAUACUAGCACACGUGAAUCUGAAAGAUGCCUACGAUCUUCUGAGGAUCAAAUAUUACCUGAAUAAGGAUAUAAAGAAAGUUUGUAGCCUUAGUGUUCUCUUAAAGGAAUUAGCUAAUAGGGUGCAGACUGCUAGGUAUCAAGAUUUAAUAAUCAGGCUAGCGUCCGCAUACGAGGAUUAUGUCUUUUAUCUGCCUGCCUUUAUGGACUUCCGUGGUAGAAUCUACCGCUCAGGUAUCUUGCAUUUUCAUGAGCGUGAUUUAGCUAGAAGUUUAAUAGUAUUUGCCAAUAAUCAUCAAGAAGGAAGCAACCAGUCGGCUAAGGACAUAGUAGCCUCUUCAGCUGCCUUUAAGUAUAAGAAAUUCUAUCUUUAUGAUGAUGCUCUUCAAUGGUAUAAGGAAAAACAGAGUUUGAUCUAUGCUUCUGAUGAGAGUUUAAUAAGCUUCGCAAAGGGUGCUAGUGAUCCAUUUCAGUUCAUAGCCAAGGUCCUGUGUUACGAUAGAGUUCAAGAAUAUAAUAGGAUACCAAUAACUCAAGAUGCUGCUGCCAGUGCUUAUCAGAUCAUGAGUUAUUUAUUGCUUAACGAAGAAAUGGCUAGGAGAACGAAUCUUAUUCCCCACCCUGAUGGGAAAAUACAAGAUGUAUACAUGUACUUGCUCUAUGAUUUUAAGGAAUUUUUGCAUCAUCGAAUAAAUGAUAAGUUACAGAUGGAAAUCAUUGAAUCUAAGUUAGAUAGAAAGCUCAUCAAAAGUCUAUUCAUGCCAUUGAUCUAUGGGAAGACAUUGAUCAGCAUGGAAAAGGAUAUUAGGCUAAAAUAUGGUGAAUUGCUUAGUCGAAAGGAUAGCUAUAACCUCGCUAAACUUAGCAAUGAAUUUUGGAUCCAUAAAUAUCCAGAUAUAGUCAAUUUUAUGAAGUUGAUUACCAUCAUUAGUUGGUUUUGUUCAGUAAUGGAUAGAGCGGUUGUCUAUAGUAUACCAUAUUUCACUACAAAACAGGAUUAUAUGUCUUUCGUAAAAGAAGAGAUAAUGGUUUAUGAAAGGACUAGCAAAAAGAGACGACGGGUUACUCUAAGUGUACCUACUAUGAAGAGGGAUAAGCGAAAGACUCAAUCCUCAGCAUGCGCUAACUUUAUUCAUCAGAAGGAUGCAUACAUUGCCAUGAAAGUAGUAGAAUCAUUAUUGAGAGAAGGAGCCCCUAUAUAUACCGUACAUGAUAAUUUUAUAACUACUCUGCCUUACGUAAGAAUUGUACCUGAUAUAUAUACCAAGGUCUUUAUUAAUAUGGGUCCUCCACUUAAAAUUAUUAAUGAAUUUAUUAGGAUAAAUCUGAUUAAAUCAUACACUCGAGAUAUUAAUAACUCAUCACCCUUAUACUAUAACCAUAAUUAUCCUAUGCCAUCUGAUUAUCUUACUGAGAUAUUGAAUUCACUUUUACCCGAUAAUUCACCAACUAAAGAUAAAAUGAAAUGGAAAAAAAAGGUAUCAGACUUUGUUCAGUAUUACAACAACUAUGUAGAUGCUGUAUGCAGUAAUCAAGUGAUUGAUUCAGAGGAUCUUUCUCCUUUCCUUAUUCAAGAGAAGUGGAAUAAAUUUAAGAAACUUCUAGAGAACAGAAGUCAUAAUUACAGCGUGCAUUACUAA